AUGAAAAUCGAUUCGAAAAUAUACGAAGAAGCACACAGGCUGGCUCUCAUGCCCCGCAUGAGAAUGAUGUUCUACGGUGUUGUGUGCGGAGCUAUCGUCCCCGCUAUGUACCUGAGAUCCUACUAUCUGCCAUCUAUCAAAAGCCAAGAUGCUAAAGAUGUUAGUGCCUUAGCUGACAAAGUCAAAAUGCUGGAACACCGAACAUCAAAUAUGGAACAUCCCGCGGUGAGGAGCAACUCCGGCGUGGGGCGCUCGGCCAGCGCUAAGUCAGCGGAAAACGCAUUGGCCUCAAGCGAGAACCUGGGGGCAUUAGCCAGCGUGGGUGAAGUCCCUAUCGCGUCCUGGCAUAUUAAGGGACGCAAUCGCUUCUCUAAUGAUGACCAGUACCGAAAGCUGGUGGAGGAAGCCAACACUAUAAUGUUUUCGUCUAUCAUGUAG